CAGUAGCGGUUACGGUUUAGGGCAAAUUUUAUGUUGGACGGGUGAUUUUAUUGAUUAGUUUCCAGAAAAACAUUACUUUAUUCAUGUUGUUACUAUGUCUUUAGCUUUUUCUGGUUCAAAAUCUAAGUCUGCUGGCGUUGUAAGCGCAAUUAGGAAACAAACUCUUCUAUUAAAUCUCAAACCAAUAAAAAAGGUGUCUGUCAAAUUUGAUCCUUUUAGUCAAAAUGCAGUUACUGUCAGAAAUUUUAUGUACUACUUUUUGUCACCUAAAGUAAUCAAUACAAAUCCUUCAUGCAUAGUUAGAAAUCAAGUUGUAAAUGAUCGAAGUGAACCAACAAUCGAUGUAACUUUAACUAAUGGUGAAUCUAUUUUAUUCAAGUGUAAUAACUUAACAACUUUAGAGAUAUUACAACAGUUUAAUAAACAUAUUACACCACUAGCCCCCCAGGAAGAAGUAGUAGAUACUGCAGUUACAAAAGCAGAUAAGAAAAAACGUUAA